UCCGUACUCAAGUGAGGCGGUUGCUUUGUUUAGUCCUGUGACAGACUGGAUGUGUCUUCUCAGGCUAUACUGUUUGUUAGGUCUGUCACUGCUGCAUUCAUUCCCUUAAGGCAUUCUCCAUGGAUAGGCUGGUCCUACUCUGCUGCUGUUUCUGCUCAUAUGUGCAAUGGCUUCACGGUCAUCCACAAGAACAAGGCUCUCUCCGAUUUGUUGGCCUCGGAGACUGGGGAGGACUUCCCUUCCCCCCAUACCGUACUUUUCACCAGUCAGAGGUGGCUGGGGAAAUGGCCAGAGUGGCCGGCAAUACGGGCCUGGACUUUGUCCUCGGCCUGGGUGACAACUUUUAUUUCACUGGAGUCAAGGACGUGGAUGAUCCCCGCUUCAAGGUAACCUUUGAGAAAGUGUUCUCUCAUCCAGACAUUCUGCGCGUGCCUUGGUACGUGGUGGCAGGGAACCAUGAUCACCGGGGAAACGUGACGGCCCAAAUUGCUUACUCUGCCCGCUCAGAGAGAUGGCACUUCCCUGAGCUGUACUACCAGCUGAACUUUAAGGUCCCCAACUCAAAUGUCUCCAUGACGAUACUAAUGAUUGACACGGUGAUACUAUGCGGGAACACCUAUGACAAGGAUCACCCGUUUGGACCUGAGGAUCCAGAGGCCUCCGAAGAACAGUUUGAGUGGAUUGAGAACCGUCUGAAGAGCACCAAGUCAGAGUAUGUGGUGGUGGCUGGCCACUACCCGGUCUGGUCAAUUGGUCACCACGGUCCCACCCAGUGCCUGCUGGACCAUCUGAGGCCUCUGCUGAAGAAAUACAAUGUCACAGUCUACCUGUGUGGACAUGACCAUGACAUACAGUUUAUCCAAGAGACUGAUGGGAGUGCAUAUGUGGUCAGUGGGAGUGGAGCAAUCACGUCCAACUCUGUUCACCACCAGGGGAGCUUUCCGUCCUCCUGGCAGCUUUUCUCCAACGCCAUCAACGGCACUUCAAGCGGAUUCGCCUACUUUGAGGUGACGGCUGACUGCAUGACCAUAAGCUACAUUCAGACAGACGGGAAGUGUGUGUAUCAGACGGCCCUUCCAAAGCGACGGACACUGUGAUCAGGGAGUAGUGACCUCCCUUGAAGAAAUCCAUCAGAUUUUAUCGUCACUGAGAACUACAGCUGGGGGUUUCAGUCAUUUCAACUUUAUAAGAAUUAUUUUAUCAUUUGUUGCUGUGUACUGGACUAUAAUGAUAUAGUUUACAUAAUAUAUACCAUGACUGAUUUUGA